GUUAAAGUAGUCACUCAUUCUAUUGCUAUGUAAAUGCAAUCAAAUGUUGAUAGUUAUGGCUCAAUCAAAUAAGUUUAAACAAUUCUGAAAUCAAUGGAUAGCUAACAACAUUAUUAUCAUUGAUGGAAAUGUGUAACAAAUAUAUUGCCGGUUUCAUUAAUUAAAAAUUUAAGACAAAAAUCAAUACUUUACAUUCUUCAAUAUCAUGAUGAUAAUCAAAAUAAAAUACCCAAUGAGAGAAAGAUACAUUAAAUUGUGCAUUUGUGGAAUUCCUUUUUUGAAAAUAGAAACUAAUUUUUUCCAUUAAGACUGAG